UUUUCUGCCCCGUGAAGCCGCAUCGUUGGAGCAAGUCCAGCCCCGUGAGCGAGUGGCGCUCGUCUGGAACCCUCGUCACCUCCUAAUCCCAUCCGAAAUUCUCUCUUUGUCUUAAGCCAAAUAAAAAAUCAGUCCUCCCGCCCCUUGUGCAAUUCCCGUCCCCCCCCGUUCGAUCCAGCGCUGCCGAAUUAGUGCCGAGCUUGGAGUGGUGCCGGUUGAAUUCUGAUCUGGUGGCGUGCCGCGUUGGAGUGCCCCUGGUUUCGGAAGCGGCGAGGGCCAUGCAAAUCGAGUGAGCAUGAGGGGUGGGAGCGCUAAAGGCCUGGGUGAUGGGAUCACCGGAGGGGCGGCUCGUUGAGCUGUUGGGAACAGUUAAGUCGCGGAUGCCGCGGCGGGGAGAGCACUCGCCGCCGCCUGCGCCGAAGGCUGCUGCUGCCGAUGUGCCGCAGCCGCAUGACUUGUCCAGAGACUUCUGGAUGCCGGACCAAAGUUGUCGCGUGUGUUACGACUGCGAUGCUCAGUUCACCAUCCUUAAUCGGCGUCACCACUGCCGCCACUGUGGCCGCGUGUUCUGUGCCCGUUGUACGGCCAAUUCCGUGCCCCGCUCGCUGGGGGACGCCACGCGGGAGGACAUCGAGCGGAUCAGGGUCUGCAACUACUGCUUCAAGCGCUGGCUGGAGGAGGAGGCGGUCACUCCGAGGGAUGUGGCGCAGCCGUCGGGCCUGUCACAUUCGGCCACGAGUGCGGGGAGCGAAAAAUCAUGUUCCACCGGGCGUAGCAGCACGGUGACCAGCGACCAGAUGUUGUCUUAUGCGAAUGCCUGCUGCACUGACUCUGCAUCACGGUCGGUGGGCAGCGAGGGCAACUGCGGCGAGCUCGAUGCUUCUCUGGAGUUGCAGCAUGCUGCGAUGGAGGGCGUGGAGCAUGUGGCUUAUGUGGACAAUUCGCCUGAUCCAUUCAAUUUCUGCUUGAAUAGGAGUGAUGAUGAAGAUGAUGACUACACAAUUUUCCGCUCUGAUUCAGAAGUACACCACCUACAAAACUCUGGUGGGCCUAUGUGUUUUGAUGAUCAUCAAGUUGUUUGCAGUGAUGCUGCUAAAGGUUCAGUAUCACCAAGAAAAGAUACAGCAACCUUAGUUAAUUCUGAGGGAAUGUGUAAGACUGGAGAUCAUCAUAUCAUUGAUAAUGCUGAGGAUUGCAAUGCUCGAUCUUCUUCGUUGUAUGGCAUGGAAGUGCUAGAAAAUGAACUUGUGGAUUUUGAAAACAAUAGCUCACUUUGGCUACCUCCUGAAGCGGAGGAUGAAGAGGACGACCAUGAUGGUGCUCCAUUUGAUGAUGAUGAGGGGGAGGAUGCCACAGGAGAAUGGGGUUAUCUACGCUCAAACAGCUUCAGUGGACAUUGUCGAAGUCGAGAUAAAUCCACUGAGGAACACAAGAAAGCCAUGAAAGAUAUUGUUGAUGGGCAUUUUCGGGCAUUGGUGGCUCAACUUCUUCAAGCUGAAAAGGUAGAAUUGGCUGACAAAAUUGGCAAUGAGAGUUGGCUAGAUAUAGUUACCUCUUUGUCUUGGGAAGCCGCAUCUCUUUUGAGACCAGAUACCAGCAAAGGAGGGCGUAUGGACCCUGGAGGCUAUGUAAAGGUGAAAUGCUUGGCUUGUGGCCGUCCAAGUGACAGUUUGGUUGUAAGAGGAGUUGUUUGUAAGAAGAAUGUUGCUCAUCGGCGUAUGUCAACAAAGAAGGAAAAGCCACGAAUCCUAAUUCUUGGUGGUGCACUUGAAUAUCAGCGUGUAUCGAAUUUGCUUUCAAGUUUUGAUACUUUACUGCAGCAGGAAACGGAUUAUCUGAAAAUGGCAGUUGUGAAGAUCAAAGCACACCAACCAAGUGUUGUAUUGGUAGAGAAAUCUGUGUCUCGUUAUGCUCAGGAUUUAUUUCUGGAGAAAAACAUUUCACUUGUUUUAAAUAUCAAAAGACCACUUCUGGAAAGGAUAUCCCGUUGCACUGGUGCUCAUAUAGUUCCCUCAAUUGAUUAUCUGUCAUCCCAAAAGCUUGGAAAUUGUGAUUUAUUCCAUGUGGAGAAGUAUAUUGAAGAGCAUGGGACUGCUGGAGAAGGUGGGAAGAAAAUGCUGAAGACCCUUAUGUUUUUUGAAGGCUGUCCAAAGCCCUUGGGUUUUACAAUCUUGCUAAAAGGAGCUAAUGGGGAUGAGUUGAAAAAAGUGAAGCACGUUGUGCAAUAUGGAGUCUUUGCAGCCUAUCACUUGGCUCUUGAAACAUCUUUUCUUGUGGAUGAAGGUGCAACCCUACCAGAACUCCCUCUUAAGUCGCCAAUUAUUGUUGCUUUGCCGGACAAACCUUCCAGUGCUGAUAGAUCCAUUUCAACGAUACCUAUUUUGCAAAUGCCUACUAUUUCAUCACCCAACAACAACCUGCAAGCAUUUGAUAUUCAAAAGGAUGACUUUACAUUCAGUGGUUUUAGAAUAAUGGACCAAACGGCAGCAGCAUCUUUCCCUGAUAACAAAUGCUGUGAAAGAUUGGGAGUUACCCAAGCAUCAUCAGUUCAAAUCAAUGACCAAACUGGAAACAUUGGCUGUUUGCUUGGUAUGAACCCUCAAUCAUAUAAUGAUCCUCUGGUUCAGCAGUUGAGAAUUUCAUUCUGCCAUUGCCCUGCUUGUACUAGAGAUGUUGGUAGCAAAAUGAAAUUUGAAGAACUCCAGCCUGAAACCAAUAGACAUGCACUGGCUAAUGGUUUGAGUGUGUUGCCUGCUCAUCCUGCAAAUUUGGUGGCUGCUGAAAGUGAUCUUUCAUUUGCCCAUAACGCCAACAAUGGUGCCAAGGUAGCGGCUAAGCCAUCUGCUCCUCUCAACUUACAAGUUUCUUAUAAUAAUGGCAGUUCAAAUGAUGGUUCAAUAGUAAAAAGGGAUGAGAUUCCAGCAUCUCCUGCCGACAACCAGAGUAUAUUAGUUUCUCUGUCCUCACGUUCUGUUUGGAAAGAAGCUAUCUGUGAGAGGCCACACCUUCUUCGCAUAAAAUAUUAUGGUAACUUUGACAAACCUUUAGGCAGGUUUUUACGUGACCAGCUAUUUGAUCAGAGCAACCGUUGCCUCUCUUGUGAGCUGGCACCAGAGGCCCAUGUUUAUUGCUAUGUUCACCCCCAAGGCAGCUUAACAAUAUCAGUGCGGAAACUCAUAGUGAAGUUACCUGGUGAACAUGAUGGUAAAAUCUGGAUGUGGCAUAGAUGCUUACGCUGUUCGCGCGAUAAAGGGCUCCCUCCAUCAACUAAAAGAGUAGUGAUGUCUGAUGCUGCCUGGGGCUUAUCUUUUGGUAAAUUUUUGGAACUUAGUUUUUCAAAUCAUGCAGCAGCAAGUAGGGUAGCCAGCUGUGGUCAUUCUCUUCACAGGGACUGCCUUCGUUUUUAUGGUUUUGGUGAAAUGGUUGCUUGCUUCCGAUACGCAUCAAUCAAGGUUCACUCAGUCUAUUUGCCUCCGCCGAAACUUGAUUUUACUUCCCAGCAUCAGGAAUGGGUAGAGCAAGAAGCAAAUGAGGUGGUUGAUUCAGCUGAACUCCUGUUCACUGAAGUACUGAAUGCACUCCAUCAAAUUUCAGAGAAAAGGCCAAUUACAGGCUCUUUUGAUGGCAAUAUGAAGAUUCUUGAGUUAAGACAAAACAUAGUAGAGUUGGAAGAUAUCCUGCAAGCAGAGAAGGUCGAUUUCACGGAGUCACUAAAGAAUCUACUGAAAAAGGAAAUCAGAAAGGGGCAGUUAUUCAUUGAUAUUCUUGAGGUUAACAAACUAAGGAGGCAGCUACUAUUUCUCUGUUACUUGUGGGAUCAACGCCUAAGUUUCAUAGCAACCUCAGGUGGCAAGUAUUGCGAUGCUUUGGGAGGUCUACGAGUUGGAAGUAAUAAUUCUGAAAUCAAUGAUAGAUCAGCUGAUAGCGAUACAAACACAAAGUUGGUGAAGAACUCAAAGGGCACCGAUUCAAAUGCACUUCAUGCUGAUGACGAGGAGAUCAACCAACAUGAUCAAUCUAAUGAAACUAACUCGAGAAAUACUGAAGAGUUGAAUGGUGCUGAAGGUACAAUAGCUAAAUUAAAUCAUGCAAACAGUGUUAAUGUCAAUGAUCAUUUAGAUCAUCAAGGAUCAAUUAUCGGCGUUCGUAGGGUUUCUUCUGAAGGUCAGUUCCGAGUAGCUACUGACAUUUCAGAUAAACUGGAUGCAAAAUGGAGAGGUGAGGAUAGACCUGCUCCUGAUGCAAGCCUGGUGAAACCACUAGCUCUGUUAGAAGGUACAGCUGCGGAUGUGAAAAAACAAGCUAAGGCAGUACCACGGCACACUUCUGCAUCUGUCAGGUCUGGGGAUACAGUAGAAGACUUACUAAGCUGCCUUAAAAUGCCAUACAUGACAUUUUAUAAUUCCUUGAACACAAACUCUGGCACAGCACCGACAUUCGGUACCUUGGCCGACUACAAUCCUGUAUACAUUUCAUUGUUUCGCGAUCUAUCACAGCAAGGUGGAGCAAGACUUUUUCUGCCAACUGGAGCUAAUGAUGUUGUUAUCCCGGUAUUUGAUGAUGAACCGACUAGUAUUAUUUCUUAUGCACUCGUUUCACCUGUGUAUCACUUUCAAAUGUCAGUAGAGAGCAAUCAAAAUAAAGACAGCGGAGAUUCUUCACUUUCGUUGCCUGUUUAUGAUUCAGGAAAUUUUAACCUGUUCCAUUUAUUUGAGGAUUUUGGAUCCUCUGAUGAUUUUGCUUCAUCGAUAUCUUCCAGUAGAGGGUCCUUUGCUCGUGAUCUACUGCACUCCAGAGUUUCUUUUCAAGAUGGUGGGCCACUUGGGAAAGUUAAAUACACUGUGACAUGCUAUUAUGCAAAAAACUUUGAAGAACUCAGAAGGUCUUGUUGUCCAUCAGAGCUUGAUUAUUUAAGAUCUAUCAGUCGAUGCAAGAAAUGGGGAGCACAAGGUGGCAAAAGUAAUGUGUUCUUCGCAAAAUCUCUGGAUGAUAGAUUUAUUAUAAAGCAGGUCACGAAAACAGAGCUUGAAUCAUUCCUUCAGUUCGGCCCAGAUUAUUUUAAGUAUUUGUCAGAGUCAGUAAGCACUGGAAGCCCUACAUGCCUUGCAAAGAUUCUGGGAAUCUAUCAGGUUACAAUUAAGCAUCUGAAAGGUGGCAAGGAAUCAAAAAUGGAUUUGCUCGUGAUGGAAAAUCUCUUAUUUGGACGGAAUAUUACGAGGCUUUAUGAUCUCAAGGGAUCUUCAAGGUCACGGUAUAAUGCAGACUCCAGCAGGAACAAGGUCCUUCUUGACCAGAACUUAAUUGAGGCAAUGCCAACGUCGCCAAUUUUUGUCGGGAACAAGGCGAAGCGCCUUCUUGAAAGAGCUGUUUGGAAUGACACUUCUUUUCUAGCAGGAAUUGAUGUAAUGGAUUAUUCCUUGCUUGUGGGUGUUGAUGAGGAGAAACAUGAACUUGUCCUGGGAAUAAUUGAUUUCAUGAGGCAGUAUACAUGGGACAAGCACCUUGAAACAUGGGUCAAAUCUUCUGGCAUUCUUGGUGGGCCUAAGAAUGCCGCUCCAACUGUUGUCUCACCUAUGCAGUACAAGAAGCGGUUUAGGAAAGCAAUGUCUGCUUAUUUUAUUGUGAUUCCUGAGCAAUGGAUGCCUGCAAUAAUCAAUCCAGACCAAUCAUCGUCAAAUAUUUGUGAGGACGAUUCUCAAAAUGCUUCACCAGAGUAGCACGGUGUUCUGUGCGUUAUUAAUGGACGGAGGUUGCUGGAUUUGGUCCUACUGCAGUCAUGAGAAAUACUGACCUGAUGAGUUUUGGUACUCGGGCGGCACUGAAAUGAUCUUCUGGCUGGACAGUUUAUACUCUUGUGGUCAUUUGCACAGAUCAGAUCGCACUAGUCGAUUUCCAUCUAAUAAGAAAACGCAUCACAUGUGUAUAUUCUUGCGACUGCAAUUGUGAUUAGUUUUUCCUGUGUUACCCAUAUGGUACAUAUAUCAAGUGUAAGUGCCUUCUCGUUUCUUGUAGGUGGUUUUCAUUUUGGCUAGAUGUAACUACAUGGAUUUGGGCCUUUUUCUUUUGUAUAAGUGGUUGUUGUGUGUCUGUUGAUUUUUAGAGGGGCUAUCGCCGUCUGUGGUGUAUAUAACAAAAUAAAAGUUGAGCUCGUGCUAA